AUGGAGUUGCGCAGUGUGCGCUACGAGCCUGGACAGGAUAUAUAUGGAGAACUAGGGCUGCCCGGACGUCUAGUUCCCCUCUCAGCCUUGCUAGUGUGUCAAAGGAGGAGGAUAAACCCAAUACAUCCGUCUGUCUCGAGAGACGAUGGAGUUGCGCGGUGCGCUACGAGCCUGGACAGGAUAUAUGGAGAACUAGGGCUGCCCGGACGUCUGGUUCCCCCUCUCGGCCUUGCUAGCAGUGUCCAAAGGGAGAGGAUAAACCAAUACAUCCGUCUGUCUCGGGUGAAGAUGGAGUUGCGCGGUGCGCUACAGGCCUGGACGGGAUAUAUGGAGAACUGGGCUGCCCGGACGUCUGGUUCCCCCCUCUCGGCCUUGCUAGCAGUGUCAAAAAGAGAGGAUAAACCAAUACAUCCGUCUGUCUCGAGUGACGAUGGAGUUGCGCGGUGCGCUGGGCCUGGACGGGAUAUAUGGAGAACUAGGGCUGCCCGGACGUCUAGUUCCCCCUCUCGGCCUUUGCUAGCAGUGUCCAAAGGAGAGGAUAAACCAAUACAUCCGUCUGUCUCUCCGGUGAAGAUGGAGUUGCGCCGGUGCGCUACGGGCCUGGACGGGAUAUAUGGAACUAGGGGACGUGCCCCCUCUCAACGACGUUCAAGUUCCCCCUCUCGGCCUUGGGUUAGCAGUGUCCAAAAGAGAGAUAAACCAAUACAUCCGUCUGUCUCGAGAGACGAUGGAGUUGCUGGGUGCGCUGACGGCCUGGACGGGAUAUCUAUGGAGAACUAG